UUUGAGGUUUAGUCGUUUGCAUCAGUAAUUUUAAAAGUUUGGGCUGAUUUUCUUUAAAAACUCACCGACUUUUCGUCGCUGAUGCUCAGUCGUUUAUCUGUGUGUAUCGCUGCAGACCGUCGGCCUGAAAACCGGGGUGAGUCUGCUGCGGUUCACCGGGUCUGCAGCAAUACCGUUCUCCUCAAUUACGGAUUUUCUCCGAUGACCAUAAACAUAACAAGAGUUAGCGUCUUGUGACGUCAGCACGCACGCAGUGUUUGGUUUCCGCGCCGAACCAAUAUGGCAGCGAGCAGUCAGGGCAGUAAACCGGGUGAAGAAGCGGUGGAUGAGCGGAUGGAGACGGACAGGUCGAUGAUGAGGUCAGACAGCGGUUGUGGUGAUGGUUCCUUCUGCCUGUCGAAUCGCGUGCCUCGCUGCCCUUUGACCCCUUCGUUGACUCCACGUAAACGGACCACGAGCCAGUCUAAGACUGAGCCUCCUCUUCUGAGGACCAACAAGAGGACCAUCUACACCGCUGGCAGACCUCCCUGGUACAACGUCACCGGGACCACCUUCAAAGAGGCCUUCGUCAUCGGUCUGUGUGGAGGAAGUGCAUCCGGGAAAACCACCGUGGCCAAUAAGAUCAUUGAAGCCUUGGACGUUCCGUGGGUGGUUCUGCUUUCCAUGGACUCCUUCUACAAGGUGCUGAAUAAAGAGCAGCAGGAGCUGGCUGCUAAGAACGAGUAUAACUUCGACCACCCAGACGCCUUUGACUUCGAGCUGCUGGUCAGCGUCCUCAGGAAGCUGAAGAAGGGCAAAAGCAUCAAAGUGCCGGUGUACGACUUCACCAGCCACAGCAGGCGCAAAGAAUGGAAAACCGUUUACGGAGCUAACGUGGUCAUCUUUGAAGGCAUCUUGGCAUUUGCCAACAAAGAGCUUCUUAAGCUUCUGGACAUGAAGGUGUUCGUGGAAACCGACUCUGACAUCCGGCUGAUACGGAGGCUGAAGAGGGACGUUUCCCAGCGUGGUCGGGACAUCAACGGCGUCAUCAAACAGUACAAUAAGUUUGUGAAGCCGUCCUUCGAGCAGUACAUCGAGCCCACGGUGCAGGUUGCUGACAUCGUGGUUCCUAAAGGUGGAGAGAACUUUGUAGCUUUAGAUCUGAUCGUUCAGCACGUCCACAGUCAGCUGGAGAAGAGGAAGCUCCGCUGGGACAUAUCGGCUCUGGCCUCGGCUCAUCAGGGUCAGCCUUUACCCAAAACCCUUAGCGUGAUGGAGAGCACGCCACAGGUCCGAGGCAUGCACACAAUCAUCAGGAACAAGGAGACAAACCGAGACGAGUUCAUCUUCUACUCCAAGAGAUUAAUGAGGCUGCUGAUCGAACAUGCCCUCUCCUUCUUGCCUCUCAAGCCCGUUUCCGUGGAAACGCCCCAGGGUUCCAUCUAUGAGGGAAAGAGGCUGAGCGGCAAAAGGAUCACUGGCGUUUCCAUCCUAAGAGCCGGAGAGACGAUGGAGCCGGCUCUGAUGGCCGUGUGCAAAGACAUCCGAUUAGGAAAGAUCCUCAUUCAGACCAACCAUGACACCGGGGAACCAGAGCUCCACUACCUCCGUCUGCCUAAAGACCUGAGCGAGGACUACGUGAUCCUGAUGGACAGCACCGUCUCAACAGGAGCUGCUGCCCUCAUGGCUGUCAGGGUUCUGCUGGACCACGAUGUAGCGGAGGAUAAGAUCUUCCUGUUGUCCCUGCUGAUGGCGGAGAUGGGCGUCCACUCUGUGGCGUAUGCCUUCCCGAGGGUCCGCAUCAUCACCACCGCCGUGGACAAGGAGGUCAACGAGCAGUUUCACAUCAUCCCAGGAAUUGGUAAUUUUGGAGAUCGUUACUUUGGCACGGACGCUCCGUCGGACUGGUGCGAAAGUGAUGAAGGGAUGGACCUCUGAGGAACGGACAGAACAUGGAGAAUGUCCCAAGAGCACCAAGCUGAGAGGUGGUUCUGGAGACACGUCCCCAAAGGUCCGGUUCUUCCUCUAACCUCUAAGGGACCAGAGUUCUGGCUGUGUGUCCAGGAUGUUUGUCAGCUUUGGAAACCUUUCACACAUCCUGACCACAACUCCCCUCCCAAAAAUCCACUUAAACAACAUUUAAUCCCUAAUCCGCAAUCCUAAACUAUGUAAUCCAGAAGAUAAUUAUGGCGUCAGAUUAAAGCAUGGUCCGUUGAGAUUAGUUUUACUUUUUUAAAUGAUAAACGGCUUCAUCUCAGUGAUCAGAUCAAAUUUGUUUUGCACAAUAAAGUUGCGUUAAAAAUGCAACGGCCAAUUACUGAUCAGAGUCUGAUGAGGUGGCAACGAGGCGUGGCGUCGUUUCCUGGCUUUGAGCUUUUCUACCAACAGCUGUUUAUACUUCCUGAUGUUUAAAAUCAUCUCGGGCUGCUUCCACCAAAAGGGACGACAACAAAUACUUGAAGAGGACGACAAACUUUGAAAAGGUCAAAGGUUUAAAAUGAGGUUUUAUUGUUUAGGUUUUCCUCCCCCUGAGUUAUUUUAGGGGUUUAAGUAAGGAUUCCUGCAGUAUUCCUAGUCCGCUGAGUGCAGAACUUGUUGGUGGGAUUAAAACCUCCAGGCAACAUUUCUGUAAUGAACCCGCAGCACCGCGAGCUCAGAUCGAGUUUGCAAACCUGCAUCCGCUGCUUGUUUAGUCGUGUUUUAUGUUAUUUAUUUAUUAUGUUUACAUAGAAUCACUUUGAACAUGUCUCACAUUUAUUAAAAACCAUAAAAAGGAAUUUUGUUUGUACGGUUUCCAAAGCGUCUGCGGCCAGCAGCGUUCCAACGAGCCGUGGCGUUCUGCUGUGAUGUCAGCAAACCUCCACGGUAACCAGUUUCCAUCCAGCUGUUGCCAGGCUGGUCCACCUCUGGGUUCAGUAAAAGCACCGUGGAUGUGCUCCUUAGAAGUCAAACGCAGAGAUCCUCUCCUGUCGUUUCUGUGGAAGCUUGUUACCCCACCGAGGGCGGGUUUGGUGUUUCGGUUCUUUGGUGAACCGUGCCGUUUUUCUGGUUUCACGGACGUUUGAUGUUAUGGAUGUAAGUGCCACUGCUCUUCUACAGAAUAAAUACUUGAAACACUUCUUA